ACUCUUAGCUGACUGGCUCCGCCGCCGUUCGCCAGGAAACGCAAGCAGUGGAGGAAUCGGGUUGGUGAGUGGAUGAUCGUCGGGCCCGAGUUUAUUUUAUGCCAUUUGAUUUUUCACCUUAUCUCUCGCCCGACUCGGAAGCCUUCCAUUUGGGCUUUUUUUUUUUACCCUUUUUUCUUUUUUUUUUUUCCCUCACUUUUUUUAUUUUUCUUUUUUUGGCUUUAACCGCGCCUCCCUCGCGUGGAGGAGAGACAAGUCGGUCUCAUUGAUUGUUUUCUAUUCUGCUGGAUUGGAGAAUCUUCUCCUCGUGAAUCCCUAAGAGUUACUUAAAGUAACUACUU